AUGCUUAUUGUGUUCUGUGUGUUUUCUCUGUUUUCCUUUUUUUCAUACAGGUCAAUUGCAUGUAUUUUAUAUGAAUUGUGUGCCUUACAACACGCCUUUGAAGGGCAGUCCUUGAUGGGGGUUAUGUACAAGAUUGUGGAAGGGAAAACCCCUGAAAUACCUAACCAAUAUGACAAGAACAUCCAAGAAAUACUUAGUGUAAUGCUUAACAGAGAUCCUUCCAAAAGACCAUCAGCAGCUGAAGUUACCAAGAUUGCAUUUGUUACAAGACAUAUAGAGAAAAUGAAGAACAGGUUGGCCGAGUACCGCGACCAACAGGAGGAGGACUCCAAGAAGCUAAGCCAAGACACACAGGAGAUAGCCCAGAUGUACCGGGAGAAGACGCACUAUGAGGACCUCCAGAACGAGUCACUACGGAUGAAGGAGCAGGAGCAGAAGCAGGGGGAGGAGGAGGAGUAUGGAGGAGAAGCAGAGAUGACUUAUCCGUUGCCCCAGCAAGGGCAGAAAGAUCCUUAUCAGGGAUUGACCCCCAAAGAGAAGAUGCUUCGUAGGAAGCAGCAGAAAGCUGAUCAAGAAGCAAUGAAAUUAAGCAUGCAUGCAAGGAAUAACUUACAUCAGAACCUGAUACGCAAAGACAUAAUAAGAGAGACGUUGGGUACACAGAAAAGACCAGCUUGGCAAGGAGGAAGGGGAGAGCCUAUGCCUCCAUGGGUGCGUGACAACCCUCAGGUGUACAUGGAUCCAGCAUUCAAAGGUUCAAUGCCCCCUCAGGCCCCCAACAUCAGUGUGUACUACGAGGACGGCACCCCAGCCUACCAGGGUGAAGACGGGUAUUGGGAGAGGGAGGAUCUCGGUACAGUCAGAGAAGCUCCUGCUAGGACACCAUCACCGAGAUAUGCAUCGAGUGACGACAGGCCGAUCAAACCAGCGUCAUCGCCAAAUCAAUAUGCAGAAGCUGGCAACAACACACUAACACCGACGAAAUCAGCAGACCGCCCCAUUACCCCUAUGAAGAAAAUCAUCAACCUGGAUGACCCCGACAUAGCCAAUGCAACCCCACCCGGUAUCCCACCAUCCUCCUCAAACAAGAAGGCCCCUGUCAAGAAACAACCGGUCAAGAAACAACCGGUCAAGAAGCAGCCAGUCAGCAAACAGAACUCUAACCCCAAGGCCGGGACAACUCCAUCAUCGAAAGCAGCCACCAACGGAAAACCAAAGAGUGCCAGCCCUAAGAAGACGGCCACGCCCUCCGCCGCGCCUCCAAAGAGGACCACCACCAAGUCGGCAGCGGUGGUGCGGUCCCCGCUUCCUCCAGCGGAAGAGGAGCGGAGGACACCCUCCAUCAAGAAGAUGGAGAGGAUGACGUCGAUGGACGAGAUGAGGAAUCAGCUGGAGCAGAUCGCAGCCGAGAUACCGGACGAUGCAGAUGCAGCAGAGACGUUCUACUCGCAGCACGAGGACUUUGAGUCGGAUUCAGGCUCAGAACCAGAGGAUGGUCAAGAUGACUUCUCAGCAUUGAUGGAUUGCAUGGAAGAUGCGCUGGAAAAAACAACAUCAGAUCAAAAUGCAACCAUCACAGACGACACAGUGGGCUUCUUCUCACCUUCCGUCAGAGCCAAGAAGAUACAGAAUCUCAGAGCUGAAUGCGAGAAGAAGUUUGGGAAGGAGUCUUUCAAAACCGCUUAUGCCUUCUUGAAGGAAGCCAGGUUUGGUGACAUGAAGGAGACCAUGGAUGACACCAUGAUCAUGCGCAAGCUACGGGAUUACGUCAAGAACGUCAGCGAUUGCUUCCUCAUAGACCAGCUACUCUUCUUAGAAGAGCAAGCGAAGGUAUCCUCAGCUUAUUAACAUGAUUAAGUGAACCAAUAAACUGCUGGAGUAAGUCAAGAAUGUUGCUGGAUAAAAAACAGGCUAUAGUCAGCGAAGGUAUUGUCCACUUAUUAACACGAUAAGUGAACCAAUAAACUGCUGGAGUAAGUCAAGAAUGUUGCUGGAUAAAAAACAGGCUAUAGUCAGCGAAGGUAUCGUCCACUUAUUAACAUGAUAAGUGAACCAAUAAACUGCUGGAGUAUGCCAACUUUGUCGCUAGAUAACAACAGGCUAUAGUCAUCUCUGCAUCUUCUCUCGGCCUGUUGAUUGUCACACCAUUAAGCUGUGGGAAUGUCAGUGACUGCUCCUUCGUAGCCCAGCCACCGUUCUCAUACUCGUGUCAACGUGAAUGAACCAACAAAGUGCUGGAUUUAGUCAAGAAUGUCACCUAGAUCAACAGGCUGGUCUCCUCUGCGUACAGAUGUUGGCCUGGUGAGGACUGAACUAAGUAUUACUGCAGGACCGUCAGUGGAUACUUUCUCAAACAUCAGAUCCUGGUCCCAGCAGUGCAUGCAAGCAGAUCAUGUCUGCUUGCGAAUAGUACUAAACCAGUUGGCCAAAUUUUGUCAGGAACUUCAUUGAAUUGCUUUCUCACAGGCUAGAUAUGGUUCCUAGAAGGGCUGGCCAAAGACUCUUCUGAAUGCUUGUCUUAUUUUGUUGAUUGGUGAACGGAAUAUUCCCUAUAGCCAAACCUAGGAGAAUCAUAUGACGGACAAAUGGGAAGUAUUCUCUCAUAGUUUUAUCAACUGUCUCAGAGUCAUGGUACUCAGGCAUCGAUAUGGACAUGUAAUGAUCGAUGUAGCUGUUUUGUCUUAUGGGUUCUGUACCAUCUAAGUCACUUUCAUAUUCUUCUCUUGCAGGUCUUUGAUGAUAAUCUGAAAGUAGGGAUGUGGGCAUCUGUUGC